AUGGCCACCGUCGAGAAGCCCAAGGAGCAGCAAAAGCAGUUCCAAGUGCCCGAGUAUUCCGAUGAUGAAGAUUACGACAGCGCCGAUGACUACGAAUACUCAGACGAGGAGGAGGACCAGCCUAAGCCUGCUGCGAAGGACCAGCCUAAGCCCGCUGCGAAGAACCAGCAACUUCAGCGCCGCAAGCAACAACAGCCUCAACAGCAAGCCGACGAUGAGUAUGACUCAGAAGAGUAUUCCGACGAAGACGAAUACUCCGAUUACUAUCCCGAUGACGAGGACCGCGAUGAAUUUGGAAUGACCAAAAUGAACGGCGACACUUCGAUGCCACCUUGGCAGGGUAAUUCCACCGACAUGAACAUUGCCGAUGAGAAGAAGAAGAGCAUCCUCGAUGAAGAGGGUAUGAAACUGAGGCUGGAGCUGAAUCUGGAGAUUGAGAUUGAACUCAAGGCACGCAUCCACGGUGAUCUCACCCUCGCUCUCAUGUAA